GCAAUGUACAAGUUCACCUCCAGCUGGUGUUAACAUUAGUUUCAACUUUCUAAGAAAUGACCACUUUUUAAAAAUUAUUUAGCAGAACAUUCAUUUAUAGGUUUCUGUAAGUUUUAAUCUUAGUCAGCACGCAUGGACUACAGGGAAGUGAACUGAAAGACACCGAUGACAAGCACGUACUACAUUAGAGCAAUGUGAACUUUGCUCACUCCAUUUUAUCAUCAUCAGGGUCGGCCGGGCAGGGCGAUAGUAUGUAUGCGUAGAGGCAGAUAGAGGCCUGAAAAUCAUCUGUGGAAAGCCACCGGUUUGUCGAAGCUCUUUACUAGAAAGCAUGGCUGGAAGAAGACGCAACAACAGAUGUGGCAACAACCAGCAACAGGCCCCGCGGGGACCAAGGGCCGGCUCAAGGAGGGCACUAAAGGAGCCUGCUGUUUUUGCUAAGCCGACGGGUUAUGAAUCAGAAGUCCCUCAUGAAAAGCUCACCAUUGCCCAAGCUAAGAGGGGCACACCAGCUCAUAGACCUGUUAGAGUCUACGCUGAUGGGAUAUUUGAUCUUUUUCACUCUGGACACGCCCGAGCACUGAUGCAGGCCAAAAAUGUCUUCCCCAACACGCAUCUGAUAGUGGGAGUGUGCAGUGAUGAGCUGACCCACAAGUUUAAGGGAUACACAGUGAUGACAGAGGAGGAACGCUAUGACGCCCUGAGGCACUGUCGCUAUGUUGACGAGGUGGUGCGGGACGCUCCCUGGACCCUAUCCACUGAGUUCCUUAAGAAACAUAAGAUUGAUUUUGUGGCCCAUGAUGACAUCCCUUACAGCUCUGCGGGAUCGGAGGAUGUUUAUAAGCAUAUAAAAGCAGCUGGGAUGUUUGUGGCCACCCAGAGGACAGAGGGCAUCUCUACAUCAGACCUGAUCACCCGCAUCGUGCGUGACUACGACAUCUACGUGCGACGUAACCUCCAGAGAGGCUACACUGCUCGAGAACUCAAUGUUGGAUUCAUUAACGAGAAGAAAUAUCGUCUUCAGAACCAGGUUGACAAGAUGAAAGAGACGGUCCGCACUGUGGAGGAGAAGUCCAAACACUUUGUGUACCGGGUGGAGGAGAAGAGCCAGGACCUAAUACACAAGUGGGAAGAGAAGUCGCGUGAAUUCAUAGGCAACUUCCUGGAGCUUUUUGGGCCAGAUGGAGCUUGGCAUGCUAUUCAGGAGCGCAGUGGACGAAUGCUCCAGGCCCUGUCACCUUACUCGUCGCCACGUGGCUCCCCCAGCAGCAGUCCCACAAGACUGCGCUCACGUUCACCUGACUCCUCCCCAGUAGCCUCCGGCAGCACCUCUCCUUCUUCCACAUCACCUCCUGCCUCUCCAUCCUCCCGCCGUCGCACCUGAAAAAGGGACACUUACCUCUCUCCACACUACCUCCACAUAUACAAAUGUCAAUGUGCUCUUUUGGUUUAUAUGUAAGAUUAACAUUAUGACCAAGGGAUGCCAUUAAUCAAACUUAAUAUAUUGUAUGAAUGAAUUUAUGAUACAGUAUAUGUACAAUACCUUUAUAUAAUGUAAGAGUAAAGGCAAAAUAAUUGGAGUGGGUUUUACACAUGAUUCAUUCUGUACCGUUUGUCUCUAAUUUGUGUGUGUUAUGUCAUUUUCCCGUAACGUUGUUAAUAAUGCACUCCAGGGUAUUUAAAAUGUAAAAAAUGUUUAUGAAACAUACAAACAAAACAUACAUCAUUUAAUUCCCAUCUUAAGCUUUUGUCUUUUUGUUCCCCAUGUCGAAUUCUAGUUUAACAAAAAUAUUUAG